AGUCUCCGAGUACCUAUCAUAUAACAUGUAGCCACCCCUCUUGAGCCGGUUCAUGCUUGACUUGAUCUUCGCCUUCCAUUCCUUGCGCCCGCAGCUUUCCGCACCGAUCCCACCUCCAGCGUCAUGGCUCUUGACCGUCUCAAGCAAGCUGCCGCACACGUCACGGGCAUCGGCCAAGCACCGCAUCCCUUCGACCCUCUUUCCGAAUCCGAGAUCGAAGAAGCCGUCGCCAUCAUCCGCAAAGAGUUCAGCCAUGUCUUUUUCAAUGCCAUCACUUUGUGGGAACCCCGCAAGGCCGACAUGAUGGCGUGGAUAAGAGACCCUGAACAUACGCCGAGGCCGCACAGGAUAGCAGAUGUCGUGUGCAUUGGUGCAGGCAGUAAAGUAUUCGAUGGGACGGUAGACUUGAAUGAGGGAAGGAUAGUGAGCUGGGAGCAGACAGAUGGUGUGCAACCGCUGAUCACCAUGGAAGAUUUGCAAAUCGUCGAGUCGGUUGUGCGUAAAGACCCAAAAGUCAUCGAACAGUGCGGCAUAGUCGGUAUUCCUGCUGAAGACAUGAAUAAAGUCUACUGCGACCCAUGGACGAUUGGAUACGACGAACGAUUCGGAACAAACGUUCGCCUUCAGCAAGCCCUCAUGUACUACCGUCCUCAUGUCGACGAUAGCCAAUACAGCUACCCGCUUGAUUUUUGCCCCAUCUACAAUUCUGAUACGCAGGAGAUUAUCCACAUCGAUGUUCCCGCAGUACGUCGACCGGUUAAUAAAGCUCCGCCAAACAAUUACCAUGUGCAGGCCAUCGAGGCCGAGGGAGGCUUCAGGAAAGAUUUGAAGCCAAUCCACAUCUCCCAGCCUGAAGGCGUAUCUUUCACCAUGGACGGUCGGUAUAUCAGCUGGCAGAAUUGGAAAUUGCAUAUUGGCUUCAACUACCGCGAAGGAAUGGUUCUCUCCAACAUCACAUUCAACGACAAGGGUAACAUACGAGACACUUUUUGGCGACUUUCGCUCGCCGAAAUGGUGGUGCCAUAUGGAAAUCCCGAACACCCCCAUCAACGCAAGCAUGCAUUCGACCUGGGCGAGUACGGAGGAGGCUACAUGACCAACUCACUCAGUCUGGGGUGCGACUGCAAAGGCGCAAUUCAUUACAUGGAUGCAGCAUUCGUCAACCGAGCUGGGUCAGCCACAACCAUUAAAAACGCCAUUUGCAUCCACGAAGAAGACGCCGGAAUCUUGUUCAAACACACUGACUUCCGCGAUGACAGCUGCACCGUCACGCGGGCACGCAAACUCGUCAUCUCGCACGUCUUCACUGCGGCCAACUACGAAUACUGUGUGUACUGGAUCUUUCAUCAGGAUGGCACGAUACAGCUUGAAAUUAAACUUACUGGUAUUCUCAACACGUACGCUAUGAACCCUGGCGAGGACCUGAAAGGCUGGGGUACAGAAGUCUACCCGGGCGUCAACGCGCAUAACCAUCAACAUCUGUUCUGUCUCCGAGUCGAUCCCAACAUCGACGGCUCCAACAACUCGGUCUUCAUGGUUGACGCUGUUCGCGGCGACGGCGAGGUGGGUAGUAAAGAGAAUCCAUACGGUAAUGCCUUCUACGCCAAGAAGACGAAGUUGGAGACGCCCGAGCAGGCCAAAACGGAUUACAACGGUGCCACGAGUCGCACAUGGGAGAUGUGUAACGAGAACAGACUCAAUCCUUAUAGUAAGAAGCCUGUGUCGUACAAACUGGUGAGCAGGGAAGUCCCGGAACUGCUUCCCAAGCCAGGCAGUCUGGUAUGGAAGAGAGCUGGGUUCGCCAGACAUGCCGUUCACGUGACAAAGUACAACGACGCCCAAAUCCACCCAGCGGGCCGCCACGUGCCGCAAACCUCAGGCUCACCCUCCCGCGGCAUCCCCGAAUGGAUCGCGCAGAAUCCGUCAACAUCUCUCGUGGACACCGACGUCGUUCUCUGGCAUACUUUUGGUAUCACACAUUUCCCUUCGCCUGAGGACUUCCCCGUUAUGCCUGCCGAGCCCAUGACGCUCCUUCUACGUCCCCGUAACUUUUUCACGCGAAAUCCAUGUCUGGAUGUCCCACCUAGCCAUUGCAGUGUGCCAAGUGGAGCACGCCAGGGUGAUGCAUUGGUGGAUAAGAUUAGUCGAUUGGCGUUUGGGAAGGAAGAAGAAGGAGGUAAGAAGGAUUGCUGUUAG